CUUGUCUUUCUCUUUCCAUUGUUUCAAUUUUAUUUUCAACAGUUUAAAACAAAUAGAUUAAUGUCACAUCAUCUUAUUUUUAUUUUAUCACUUAUAAUAUCAUGUCUCCUUGUCACUGAUGCUGUAAAAGUUCAAGGCAAACUGGAAACAAAUGGUGUACUCACAGACUUACGACGACUAAGACCAUCUACCAAGGUGACUCUUAGCGGCAUACAUUCAACUUUUAUUCAAAGCGAUGGAUCCUUCGUCUUUGAUGAUGUAACCCCAGGAUCUUACUUGUUAGAAGUUAACAAUAUCGAUUUCAUCUUCCCAAAGUUACGUGUGGAUAUCAAGGAAAAUGAAGUAGCAGGUUCAUACACUGGACUUGGUGCUGGUUGGGAUAAGACUGGAUAUGCUCUUCCUCAUCCAUUUGUAUUAAGGGCAAAAGCUGAAGCGGACUAUUUUGUGGAACGACAAGGCUUCAAUGUGAUUGGUAUGUUCAAGAAUCCGAUGUUUUUGAUGCUUGGAUUUAGUGGAUUGAUGAUGCUCGUGAUGCCAAAAAUGCUUCAAAAUUUGGAUCCCGAAGCCAUGAAGGAUAUUACUCAAACUCAAACGGAUGCACAGAAUAUAAUGAACGACAUGCCAACUAGUCUAUCUCAAAUGUUUGCAAAGGCUCAACAACAAGCACAACAACAACAGCGAUCAUCUUCACGGAAAUAAUUUUCUUGGUUACUCCAUUAUCUUUAUCAUCACCACCAGUGUCAUUUCAUAGAUAGCUACAUAUAUAGUUUACUGGUGACAAAUCGAAUGAAAUAAAAGAGUGUAGAUGAAUUUUUUUAUUUUA